AUGAUAAUUCGAAUUUCCGUGUCUCCCAUCACCCCUUCUAUUGGCAAACCUUCUCGCCUCCUCCUUCGUUCAACGGUUGACCAGGCUGCGCCUGCCCCAUUUAUCGCUCGUUCAUACCAAUCUCUCAUUCACGCAACUCCAGCGCAGUCUUCGAUUAUGAUUUACAACUUGAGCGCCGUACUUUUGGCGUUGUCUGCUAGUGCAGCGUUGAUUCAGGCUAGUCCUGUGGAGGUGCAGAAACGCGCCGGAGGAGACUUGGCUUGGUACUUCAAUUGGGCGCCUAGCACCCCUGGGAACAUCGCGGCCGAAUUCGUCGCUACGAUCCAUGACGAUCAACCGCACGACUCGCCUGUCCCCCCUGUUCCAGCGGGCGCAGUCGUUCUCGGUUUCAACGAACCGGACCAGUGUGGUCCCGGGCAAGCUUGUAUGCCAGAUAUUAACACGGCUCUGGAUUCAUGGAUGCGAACUAUGGUCCCGCUUGCCAACAAUGGUCACAAAAUCUGCUCGCCGGUCGAAGCCGGAGACAACGGUUGGCUCAAGAAGUUCAUGGACGCUUGCAAGAAUCGAGCAGGCUGCCCCAUGCCCACUUGCGUCCGCGCUCAUGUGUACCAGAAAUCGGUCGACGCUAUGGCUGGUUAUCUCACCAAGGUUCACAACACCCACAACCUUCCCAUAUGGGUUACCGAAAUGGCGGACCACAACUUCGGAAGCGGCGGCCCACCUGACAUCCAACAUGUGCACGACUUCAUGGGUGCCGCGACGGAGUGGCUCGACAACACCGAUUGGAUCGAGCGUUACGCUUGGUUCGGUGCUGGUGAAGCGCAAGACCUUUACGGCGUCAGCACCUUGAACAGGUUGCAAUUCGACGACGGAAGCCUCACUGCUCUGGGUAGGCAGUACGUCGGAGGGAGGCACUCCUAA